GGGGGGCGGCGUCCCGGCGGGGUUCACUGCGCCUGCGCCCGGAGUUGCAAGAUGGCGGACAGUGCGGAACUAAAGCAAAUGGUUAUGAGCCUUAGAGUUUCUGAGCUGCAAGUACUUCUGGGCUACGCAGGGAGGAACAAGCACGGACGGAAACACGAACUUCUCACGAAAGCACUGCAUUUGUUAAAGGCUGGCUGCAGUCCUGCUGUACAAAUGAAAAUCAAAGAACUCUAUAGGCGAAGGUUCCCCCAGAAAAUCAUGACACCUGCAGACUUAUCUCUCUCCAGCGUACACUCAAGCUCCAUGCCAGCAGCUUUGUCUCCAUCUACCAUUCCACAGCUCAGUUACGAUGGCCACCCCGCCACGUCACCAUUGCUCCCCGUUUCGCUUCUGGGACCUAAACAUGAACUGGAACUCCCCCACCUCACAUCUGCGCUCCACCCUGUCCAUCCCGACAUCAAACUUCAGAAGUUACCUUUUUACGACUUGUUGGAUGAGCUGAUAAAACCUACCAGCCUAGCAUCAGAUAACAGUCAGCGAUUUCGAGAAACCUGCUUUGCAUUCGCACUGACGCCACAGCAAGUGCAGCAAAUCAGCAGUUCAAUGGAUAUUUCUGGGACCAAAUGCGACUUCACAGUACAGGUCCAGCUAAGGUUUUGUUUAUCAGAAACCAGUUGUCCACAAGAAGAUCACUUCCCACCCAAUCUGUGUGUGAAAGUAAAUGGGAAACCAUGCAGCCUUCCAGGCUAUCUUCCACCAACCAAAAAUGGUGUUGAACCAAAGCGACCUAGCAGACCAAUCAACAUUACCUCACUCGUCAGAUUGUCUACGACGGUACCAAACACAAUCGUUGUUUCGUGGACUGCAGAAAUUGGAAGAAACUAUUCCAUGGCAGUCUAUCUCGUAAAGCAGCUGUCCUCUACGGUGCUACUGCAGAGGUUACGAGCAAAAGGAAUACGGAACCCCGAUCACUCGAGAGCAUUAAUCAAAGAGAAACUGACUGCAGAUCCAGACAGUGAAAUAGCAACGACAAGCUUAAGAGUUUCUCUUCUUUGUCCGCUUGGCAAAAUGAGGCUAACCAUACCGUGCAGGGCUCUGACCUGCUCACACCUGCAGUGUUUUGAUGCCACUUUAUACAUCCAGAUGAAUGAGAAGAAACCAACUUGGGUUUGCCCUGUCUGUGACAAGAAGGCACCCUAUGAACAUCUCAUUAUUGAUGGGUUGUUCAUGGAAAUCCUGAAGUAUUGUACAGACUGUGAUGAAAUUCAGUUUAAGGAGGAUGGCUCAUGGGCUCCUAUGAGAUCGAAGAAGGAGGUGCAGGAAGUGACCACAUCUUACAAUGGAGUUGAUGGGUGCAUAAGCUCUUCCUUAGAACAUCAGGUGUCUUCUCACCAGCAAUCAAACAAAAAUAAGAAGGUAGAAGUGAUUGAUUUGACCAUUGACAGCUCGUCAGAUGAAGAGGAGGAGGAACCCUCUGCGAAGAGAAGCUGUCCUUCCAUAUCUCCAGCAUCACCAAUGAAUAAUAAGGGUAUUUUGAAUUUACCCCAUCAAGCAUCUCCUGUGUCAAGAACACCAAGCCUUCCUGCUGUUGACACCAGUUACAUCAACACAUCACUUAUCCAAGACUACAGGCAUCCAUUCCAUAUGACACCUAUGCCUUAUGACUUGCAAGGUUUAGAUUUCUUCCCUUUCCUGUCAGGAGACAAUCAGCAUUACAACACAUCCCUUCUUGCCGCUGCAGCUGCGGCAGUUUCUGCAUCAGAUGAUCAAGAACUCUUACACUCUCGUUUUUUCCCAUACACUUCAUCUCAGAUGUUUCUCGAUCAGCUAAAUGCAGGAGGAAGCAGUUCUCUGCCAGCCACAAACGGUAGCAAUAGUGGCAGUAACAGCAGUCUUGUUUCCUCCAACAGCCUGCGAGAGAAUCAUGGUCAUCCAGUUGCAAGUAGGAGCGGCGCGGACACGGCGUCUAUCUUUGGUAUCAUAUCAGACAUUAUUUCCUUGGACUGAUUUUUGGAGAAAACGAACUGGUCAGAGGAAGUCUUUGUGCUUGGUUUUACUUUAUGUUAGAAACAUAGACAGGUUUUUUUCCUUUUUUAGGGAAAAAAAUUUACAUGUACAGAGAACAAAACUAUAUUUUCAGUUUUACUUUUGUAUAUAAAUCUAAGAUGGCCUCACAGAUUAAAAAAAAAAAAAUAACAAAAAAAAAAAACCCACAAAGCAAAACACACACACAAAAAACCCACAAAUACAAGGAACUUCGAUUUUCUGGAUGCUGAAGAUUCUACACCUGUGCAUUUGUCAUGUGAGUUACUUUUUCUGCCCUUAGUUUGGACACAAAUGGCAUUAUUCUCUUCACAGUAACAUAAAUGGGAAAAGGAACUGAACUUCUGAAGUUCAAGCUCCUAGGUUUUUUCUUUUUUUUCUUCUUUUUUUUUUUUUUUUUUUUUUUGCCUCUUAGAGACAUCUGUAUUUGGUGGUGGAAUGUAAUUCCCCCAUCCCAUUUUGGUGCAGAUUUUGUUGUGCUUGAAGUGGAAUAAACCCUACCCAGCCUGUUCCGUACCGUUCCCUCAGUUUGCAGUACGUAGCCUUUCAGGAGUGUUUAUCUGUCAUUUUUUGUUCUGUGUGACCCUCUGUUCAGCUGACUUUCUUUUUAAUUCCAUGCUUUAAUCAAGCAUGUUGCAAGCUCGUUAGUGCACCAAUUAUUCUGGAGGGCCAGACUCAAUAAAAUGUCAGGCUGAGAAAUGUUUUGGCUGUGUUCAUGUGGGACAAGACCAAAUUGGUACAGAAUCUAGCCCCAGAGAAAAGCAUCGACACAUCCCACUGCAGGUUUUUGUUUCUAACAACUUACUAUGAAAUCCUUUUAAAAUAACUUCAGAUCCUAAUCACAAUAUUAAGCAUGUGUCAGUUUGAGAUGUGUGGAGCUGCUUGUGCUUUAAGGUCAGCCAGGCGUGUGGAGCUGGCCCGCUGGGCUGGGCCUGCCUGCUGGCUGGGAAAACCUCCUUUGAGCUGCAGUACAUCAAAUUUCUGCUUCAAAGUGAACUUGUCAGCAAAAGGAAGAAAAUCCAAAUGCCAACGCUCUCUUGCAUGGUUUGUGCAGCUGAUAGUGGUCUUGGUACACUGUCUUCUGAGUUCGCCUUCACCGAGUUAAGUUGAUAUUCAGUGUUUAAUGUGAGUCUGUUAGACCAAAAAAAAGCCCGGCGCCCUUCCCUGCGCUUAAACCAAUCUCUGCCUAUUGAAGUCUCCCAAGGUCGUGGGUUCCUGUUCAGUUUUCUCCCUUUGGCUCGGCGAUUGUUUUCAUUCCCCAUUCCUUUCCGUUCACUUCCAUUGCACUUGGAGCCACGUUUGCUUCCUGGUUUCACUUCUUUUUUUUUUAUUUCUCAGCCAUGUGUGACAUAGGAAAAUCUUUUUGUAAGAGCUGGUGGAUCAUUUGGGCUGAUCCGUUCUUGUUACAGAGAAACGUGUAAAUAGCUGGAAUGCAGUUUUUCAGGAGAUUCUUUAAAGUGAGAGCAGGGGGAGGGAAGGAGGUGAUUCUCUUGUGUCCCAAAGUCCGCGUCAGAGAGAAAUGAUUUCCUCUGGUGUGAAAACUAUUUUUGUAACUGGUUGAAAGUGCAGGUAACAGGUUUAUCAGGAAAGAGAGUGAGGAAUACAGAGGUUAGCAGAUGCUUGUCUGAGUUUUUAAUGUCCCAAGCUGUUGAUUGCAGCUGUAGUUUGCUUUGAGCAUUGACGAGGGCCACCUUUUGCCUAUGAAGUUGUCUCAAAAUAUUGCAUUAAUUAAAAAAGGAAAAAAAAAAAAAAAAAAAGAAAAAAAAAAAAGAAAAAUGACAAAAAAAAAAAGAAGAAAAACACGUUAAUCCAAGUAGCAUUAGGUAUUGCUGUAUGAUCAGUUGUAUGGUUCUUUGAAAGGUUCACAUGAUUAUGUGGCAUCAAAAUUGUUUUUAGUGUUUUUACAGCAUCCCUCUGCCACUAAAUAGUUGACUUGAAUUUUGAAAACAAACGUUUGUGUUUAUAUGUAUAUGUGUGUGUAUAUAUGUAUUUAUAGAUCCGUGUGUGUGAGUUAAAAGUGAGUUAAAUAGUUUUUCCCAUGCAUGUGUAUUUCAUACAUAUCUGGCUGAUAUAUAUAUAUAUAUUUCACCAUACACCAAUUUUAUAAUUUAUUAAAUGUCAGUUAAAAAAAAAAAAAAUAAAAUAAAAGGAUAGAAAAUGGGAAAUACUUAUUUUUUAAACUCAGUCUGAUUUCGAAGUGAUUAAACCCCCAUGAGGAAUGUGUCUGGUGCAUUUUAGCCGUGCGUGCUGCCCCGUGCCGCAGAGCAGCCGCGUCCCGUCCGCGCCUUUGGUAAAGCAGAGCAGCCAGAGACGUCGGCAGAGCGCAGCGAGGCGAUGUCCCACUGACUGAGCAGCGUGCUGAAGAGGAGCAGAGGAGCAGCCUGCCUCCGUUUGCACCACGGUAUUGAAAUCGUUCUUGUGGCAAGCGUGCUAAGACAGGAUGCGGCACCUCGCUGCCCGCGCUUGGAGAGUGAGGCCGCCUGGUGAUGUCUUGCACUCCUCCUGCCUGGCCCCGGAGGGAAGGAAGGCUGCUCAGUUUGCUGCUGCCGUCUCCGACCUCGUUGCUCUGCAAAGAAGGGAGAGAAACGUUCCCGAAACUCUUUGCGGUGUGAAUCCCGUAUGCUUUGAGUGUUGGUGUCUCACGCUGGGCUGUGCUGUAUAGUCGACCAUCUCUGUGCCUCUGACCACAGCUAACGUGACUUGGUAGAAGGCUCAGUCCGAGUUCUCGAAGUUCCCUGCAAACGGAGCUCCGAUCCGCGCCGUCACGUGGCUGAGAAGAGCUGCAAAGCGCUGCCUGCUGAUGCUGGGCGGCCGCGCUCUGUGGUUCACGUCCCCGAGCUCCUGCAGGGGAGGGCUGGGGGUGGGAGCCCUGCGUGGGGUCAGGGUGCGCGCACAGCGUGGGCCGGACGUGGCUUUGGGUGCUGGUGGGCAUCAGUGCUGCGUUGGAAGGGAAUAAACCACAGCUUGGAACUGCAGUGCGUGCAGGUUGCAUUGAGAGCGUUGUGCUGCCGCCAUCAGCGCUGCAGCAGUGGCUCCAGGCCGACCCGCUGCCCCCCCUGCAGGGUGGCUGUGGGGCAGCCCCCAUACGCAGCGCUGUGGGGAGAGCAGUGGGAUGGGAAUUCCUCCCUGCGGGUUCACAUUUCAGGGUUUGAAGCACAUUUUAAAUAUAUUCAGAAAGGGUUUUGUUUUGUCAGUGUAACUGUUUGGGGUUUUUUUCCUUUCUUUUUUUUUUAACAGAGCUUAGAUUUCUAACAAGGGAAAAUUGCUGGUGGUCCCCCAAAGUGCUGCUGUUAAUUGUUUUAAUUAACAAAGGGAAAAAAAAAUGUAUAUAAGCAGAAUAUUAAAAUGACCAUUAACUCAGAUCUGUCAUUCAUUGCCUUAAAACUUUCUCAUAGUUUCCAUACGGCAUGCCAAACCAGUACAUGGCUUUUAAAGAUGUAUAGUAGACCAAUGUCAGUUUGUAUAAAAGUACCAAGUGAAAAUAUUUAUUAUAUGCAUUGGAAAAAAAAAAAACAAAUGGUUUACCUAUUGAAUGUUACCUGUUUAUGUAGAACUCUUUAGAUGUAAUAAAAAGCAUUCGGCUAC